AUGACAGCCUCUGAUCUGGAGACCUGGUUGCGGGAGAUUGUGAAUGGCGCGCAGAAACUGCUCACUUCCACUUCUCAUCUGUCAAUCGCGUGCCGUUGGCGCAGCCUGGAGGCGAGACUGCUGCUGCAUCAGGACUACGGUCUAACCCUUGUACCGGCGGCUGGGGUGUUCACGCCGGAGGCCCACACAGUAGACAAUAGCGCGGACCAUUGGACCUUCAGUCAGCUGAUAAGCCAUUCGCCGUCGACGGUCUUCUGGUCCUUCCCCUUCGAACGCCUUCGUUCCACUGCGGAUGACGGCUGUUCAAUCCUGUGGCUGAACUUUGGCAAAGACGGUGAACAGGUAGCUUAUUUGAAUUCAGUUGUAUGUGGCCAAAAUUGCAUCGUUCGUUUUUUCGCCCCUCCCCCUCUACUCCUUCUUGUCUCUCGCUAGGAACUUGAUCUUCCGGGAGGAGCUAAACCUGUUGUGUUCGUCCUCUUGAAUAUGCUCUCCACAAAACUCCUGCGUCGAAAAGCCAACACCUACCUAAACGUUGACAUUCCACCUUGA